AUGUUGAAUCGCUUCAAGUCAGUAUUAAUGAGUGCUGUAGGCGCAAGUGAGCUUGGCCUACAGUACCCCAAUGACGCCGACAAUGAUGUGAUGUCCGAUUACAUUAACUCUAAUUAUGUCGUGGAAGUGGAGAACAAACCUUACAGCCGCCCGAGUUUUCUUGGCCUGACAUCUGAGGAGACGCAGGUGAGCGCGGAUCACAGAGUAAGACCUAUCAUAGUUCCGAGGGACCUUAGCCGCUUGCCUUGGUGCGCCGGUUACGCUGAAUGCAUAAAUGCUGGGAAAAGUACGUGGAACGAGGAUCAGGCUUCCGCAACGCGCGGGGAUUUAAAAUUGCCAGACGUCAAUGUUACACUGCCCUACGUUCUAUUUUCCAUGUUCGAUGGCCAUGCAGGGUACCAGGUUGCUCUCACAGCAAGAUUGCAUCUACAUAGGAUAAUUCUCGAAAGAUUGCUGGCCAUACCGGGUAAUAUGCUACUGAACGAAGAUGAAAAUGAGCUGAUAAAGGGAAGAGAUCUAGUUACGGGUGCUAUAGAACUGGCGUACAGACAAAUGGAUCAAAUGGUGGAGAUGCAGGCUCAAAAUGGUGGUGGCGGUUGUACAGCUAUCACGAUUCUGUUUCUUAACGGAAGGCUGUACGCUGCGGGCGCUGGCGAUUCCAGGGCUGUGCUAGUCUUGGGAGAGGAACAACGUGCUCUUACCAGAGAUCACACUCCAGACUCCGAGUCGAAUCGCGUCAGAGCUUUAGGCUUCCUACGCAGCAACGAGUUGCUCAAGGGUCACUUCACCCCGUUGGAAUUUCGAAAGCGACCGUUGCAGAAGGAACUGGGAUCCAUGGUUUUGUACCGAGAACCCUUCAUGACGGGUUGGGCGUACAAAACCCUGACGCAUCCGGACCUGAAGCUACCGCUCAUUUCAGGACACGGGAAGAGGAGCAGGGUAAUGGGAACGAUCGGUGUGACGCGCGGCUUCGGAGAUCACGGCUUAAAGGCUGCUAAUACCGGCGUCAAUAUCAAACCAUUCCUAUCGUCUCAACCUGAAGUACAGUCUCUAGACUUGGACAGUUGUAAUCUCACCGAGAGAGACUGCAUCAUCGUCGCUACGGACGGCCUCUGGGACGUGGUAUCGGACAGGACAGCGGCGACGAUACUUAGAAAAACGCUUGCGCCUGAUACACCAUCAUUAGAAUACAGACUGACAAUGGGUGCUCAAGAAUUGGUGCAAGCGGCGAGGGGACGAUUAAUCGGUAGGGUGUGGAUGGGGAAGUCUGAAAAUUCUGAUGAGACAGAUGAGAAAUCCUCACCUAUAGCGUCUGUGGAUGACAUUAGUGUGUUGGUAGUACCUUUGUAUCCUUAUUUAUGCGAACACAAACAGUGGCUGAAAACGACGCAGCAGGAGCGGAAGUACGCUGCGGAUUCCCUAACAACGAUAUCCUUCGAUUACGGCGUGACUAACAAAUCAGCCGACAAUCCUGCAUAAUGUAUCAUUGACUGUUCGAUUAGAUAACUCGGAUGUGAAAUAGGUUCGUGAAUAUUAUUUCGAGAUAUCGAGCAGCUAACAAGUUACAUUUAUCCGCAUUAUUACGAUAAUCUACAUCAUACAUUCGUGCUUAUUAUCAUUUAGUCUUAGAAUGAUUAGUGAUAUAUAUUUGAGUGCACACCAUCGUCGUAAACGUAUAUAUUUCGUAAUUCUUUUUGUCGGAAUGAUGAAUUGUUGCAUUGCCAUUGUAUGUAUCUGCAUGUAUAUUAAUUAUAUAAAAAAUGGGCUAUGUUCUUAUUAUUUAAACAAACAUUCCAUUUUAACGUAUUUUAUGUAAUGCGAAUAUUCACGAUAUUUCGAAACGUUUGAUAUGUAUAAAAGGGCUCCAACCUCUGAAUUGUUACUAAUACGUGAUUAGUAUGAAAAUUGUACACAUUGUAAUAUUAAGAGAUUAAUAUUUUUGUAUUGCUUUGUGAGGCAAGCACGUGUUACCAUUCGAUAUUGUGAGUGCAUUAUGAUGUUUCGUCACAUUUUUAUCUUUGUGUUAAAAAUAUUAAUCCUGCGCGGCUGCGAGAAUCACAACAUAACAUAUGUAUACACUGGAUAUAUGCAAGUAUAUAAAUAUAAAUAUAUAUAUAUAUAUAUAUAUAUAUAUAUAUCUAACUAGAAUAUUGAGAACUCUGUAAUAAAACUAAAGUAAAAUUCCAAAUAAAUAUAAUCAAUUGAUAAUAGU